GGGGGUUGUCCGCCCGCGGCACGCAUUGGAGCCGCAGCCUCCUUGCGCCGGGUCCCGCGGUCGCAGCUCGUGCCGCCUCCCUCUCGUCCUCUUCAGCAGCUUGCUUCGUGGGUCGGUCCUUCCGACGCACGAGCUCCAAGCCGCGCCUGUCUUUUCCUAAAGCCCUUCAAGGCGGUCUUCGGUUUCCUUCUUUCCAGCCGACCCUCUUCAGCCCUGCGAAGAUGGUGGACCGCGAGCAACUGGUGCAGAAAGCCCGGCUGGCCGAGCAGGCGGAGCGCUACGACGAUAUGGCCGCGGCCAUGAAGAACGUGACAGAGCUGAACGAGCCGCUGUCCAACGAGGAACGGAACCUGCUGUCGGUGGCCUACAAGAACGUGGUUGGGGCCCGCCGCUCCUCCUGGAGGGUCAUCAGCAGCAUCGAGCAGAAGACCUCUGCGGAUGGCAACGAGAAGAAGAUCGAGAUGGUCCGAGCCUACCGGGAGAAGAUCGAGAAGGAGCUGGAGGCCGUGUGCCAGGAUGUGCUGAGCCUGCUGGACAACUACCUGAUCAAGAAUUGCAGCGAGACCCAGUACGAGAGCAAAGUGUUUUACCUGAAGAUGAAAGGGGACUAUUACCGCUACCUGGCUGAAGUGGCCACCGGGGAGAAGAGGGCGACCGUGGUGGAGUCGUCCGAGAAGGCCUACAGCGAAGCCCAUGAGAUCAGCAAGGAGCACAUGCAGCCCACCCACCCCAUCCGGCUGGGCCUGGCGCUCAACUACUCCGUUUUCUACUAUGAGAUCCAGAAUGCCCCGGAGCAGGCGUGCCACUUGGCCAAGACCGCCUUCGAUGACGCCAUCGCCGAGCUCGACACUCUGAACGAGGACUCCUACAAGGACUCCACUCUGAUCAUGCAGCUGCUCCGAGACAACCUAACGCUCUGGACGAGCGACCAGCAGGACGACGACGGCGGCGAAGGCAACAACUAAGGCCCCAGGCGGACUGGCAGCGCACGCCGAUGCUACUACUGCAGUCUUUAUUUUUUUCCCAUGAGUUGGGGGUCGGGUGGGGGAGGGGAAAGGGAGGGCUGACCUUCCCAGGGAGAAACCCGCGACUGUCCUGUCUUUGAUCGCCUCUUUGACAUUUUUGCCAAAAUACCACUAGUGGAAAGUCAGGCUAGCUAUGCUGGUAUCGGAGUAGCAGGCUCACACAGGCACCCGGACUGUUGUGCAGGCUCACGCAAGUGGAGCUGUCUGCCAUUAGUUUAACUUAUUGCUAGACGGUAGGGUUUUAAGAUGAGAAGAAAAACCGGAGAUGGAUGGCCCUCAUUCAGUGUGUUCUGUGGUUCCAGUAAGGAAGGACUCUGUCCGCGUGCUCUCGUCCCAGUUCUGUGGCUCUUCUCUCUCUGUUGUGGCUGUGCUUGCUUUCCUUCUUUUUCUUUCCCCAGGGUGUAUACCAGAGAAGGUAUAGUUUAGACUACCCAAGUGGACGGGCUCAGAGUGGGAGGCACACCCUUCAUGACCGGUCAGGCCUGGCCCUGCCCUUGGAAGUCUCUGACAAUGGGCUGACAGUAUUAACACUAAAUUCUAGUUUACAGUAUUUCUUGUACAUGACAGCCAUACACAACAUCGAGCCAGUGGCUCUGAGUUUUCCUUUGUCGGUUCAGCUUUGCAUCUGUAUCCCGCCGUACCCAGGUCGGUCUGGUUGACGUGGGGAGUCUCAGUGCUUCCUUCUAGGUUUUGGUUGUUGGGUGCUUGGCAGGUGGUCG